AUGUCAAAUACAACAACAACAACAACAACAACUAGUUCAUCUUUAACAAAAGAUGAAAAGUCAGAUGUACCACCACUUUAUAAUGAUAGUAGCAAGCACGUAGAGAAUCAUGUUAGACAUAAUGCUAUCUCACAAUCAUUCCCAAAGCCACCAAAGAAUAAUAUUCCAAAAGAACCUAGACAACCUAGACAACCAAGAGAACCAAAAGUACCAAAGGAACCAAAGGAACCUAAACAACCAAAAGAACCAAAGCAACCUAGACAACCAAAGGUACCAAAGCAAUUAAAUGAACCAAAUGACGGUGAACAACAGCAACAACAACAAACACCACUUCAACAACAACAACAACAAAAACAACAAAAACCAAAGCAAAUAGUUCCAAAACAACCUAAACAGCCAAAACAACAAAAGGAAGCACCCAAAAUGAAGCCAGAAGAAGGUGCACACGUUGAAGGUGGUGAAGCUACCAAUGUCGAUCAAGCAAACCCAGUUAUUGUUCCCAAGCAACCAAAGGAACCAAAACAACCAAAACAACCCAGGGAGCCAAAACAACCGAAACAACCAAAGGAACCAAAGCAACCAAAAGAGCCAAAGCAACCGAAGCAACCUAAGGCUCCAAAGAAACAACAACAAGUUCAACAACAACAACCACUGCCACAACAGCAACAACAACCAAUAGUUAAUCAACCCCAAGAUCCAAUCGUUGUUGUACAAAAAGGAUUCACUCAAGUACAUCUUCCACCUCUUCCAAUGCCAGUUGCUAGUCAACCAAAACCCGUUGCUCAACCACAACCACAACAACAACAACAAGUACAACAACAACAACAACCAAAUACAGCAAAACAACUAAAACAAAAGAAAGAAAAGAAACCAAAGAACAAUGUUGUUGUUGAAAAGCAACAAGCUGAUAACAACAAUACUGCUGCCGUUGUACCAGCUAAACAACCAAAAGCCAAGAAGUCAAAGUCAAAGCCAAAGAAAGAGAAAGAUGAGACUAAGAACAAACAAUCACAACCACAGCAACAACAACAGUCAAAGAAAAGUGCUGGAGAUGAUCAACAAAAGAGAAAACGAAAGGCAAGAUUUCCUGCACAUGUAACCAUUGAAGAGGUUGAGAAAGGAUUGUCCACAUCAAAGUAUUUCUAUGGACAACUACGUGUGAAUCCAAAGAAAUAUAACGAUGCUUAUGUUACUGUCGAUGGAGUUGACAAUGACUUGUUCUGCGAUGGUCUCAAGUUUAGAAAUCGUGCAUUCCACACGGACAUUGUUGUAUUUGAGAUUCUACCCGACGAGCAGUGGAAGAAUAGAUCGUCUGGAAAAGACGAAGAAGAAGAUACCUCUGCUAGAAACAAAGUUGGUCAGCAUCAUGACAUUCAGCUGACCGACGACGAUGAGGACAGUGACUUGGAGUUGGCUGCCAUCAAGGAUACAACCGAUAUGGGUGGUGAAGAUGAAGGUACCAUAGUAUUGAGAUCGUCACUCUCCAACCUAAGUCUACAACAACGUGAUGAAGCAGAGUUGGUUGCACUUCAAUCGCCAAUUUCUGUAUCUGACAGCUCCACUUCAUCUGAUAAUGAUGAUGAGAUUAUCAUUCGUGAAGAUGUUGUUGGUAGAAACAACAACAACAACAACAAUGACGAUUUGAAUGAAGAUGAUUUCGUUGUUAUUCCAUCCCCAACAACAACUACCACAACAACAACUACUACUUCAACAACUCCAAAGAAAUCAUUACUCACCAAUGUAAAAACAUCAUCAAAGGUUGAAAUUGUUAAAGGUCAAAGACAAAACUUGAAGCAACUUCAAUCAUUCAUUGACAAAGGAAGUAAGAAUAAUCAGUUUGUAACAUGUAGAGUUGUUCAUAUUCUUGAAGUUCGUCAUUCAAAGAAUCAUAUUGGUUUGAUUUCAAACGAUCCAACUAAUUCGACUUUUGCUAAUUUCACACCGAUGGAUGGCUGCCUUCCAAGAUGUUUGAUUUUCAAAGAGUCGAUUCCAGAGUUUAGAUCGAAUCCCGACAAGUACAAGACAUCGUUGGUGUCGGUCAACUACACUGCUUGGAAGGAUUCUUCGAUUCUUCCAAUUGGUUCGUUCCACUCACUCUUUGGUGAGUGUGGUGAAAUCGAGCCGGAAACCAGGGCUCUGCUCAAGGAGUACGGUGUCGAUACCAAUGCAUUCUCACGUGAGGUGAUGGACUGUUUGCCAAAGAUUCAGAACGCCAGCCAGUGGCAUAUCACACCACAGGACUUGGCUCAACGUCGUGAUCUCCGAAAUGAAGUGAUCGUUUCAAUCGAUCCCGACACUGCCAAGGAUCUAGACGAUGCACUGUCGUGUGUUCGUCUGCCGGAUGGUAACUUCCAGGUCGGUGUUCACAUUGCCGACGUCUCACAUUUCGUCAAGCCCGGCACUGCACUUGAUCUAUCGGCUCAACAACGUGCCACCACAGUGUAUCUCGUACAAAAAGCAAUUCCAAUGUUACCAUCGCUAUUGUCAGAGGAGUUAUGCUCGCUCAACUAUGGAGUGGAGAGAUUUGCUUUCUCUGUGAUUUGGACACUCUCCCCAGAAGGAAAAGUGUUGGGAGAGUGGUUUGGUCGAUCGGUUAUCAAGUCGGCGUGCAGACUUACCUAUGGAAUUGCACAGACCAUCAUCGAUGGAAAGAUCAAUACCUCCUGGAAGGACGGUCUGCUACCAGCACAAAUCAAGCCAAUUCUUGGUCCAGACACACCGGAGCAUGUCCAAACCGUUGUAGAGUCGGUCAUGAAUCUCCGCGAGAUUGCAAAGCGACUCAGACAAUCGCGUAUGGACAACGGUGCAUUCAACAUUCACCCAACAAAGCUGGCAUUCGAGUUGGAUCCAAAGGGAAAUCCAAUCUCCACAAAGAUCUACCCGAUCUACGAAUCCAAUCAUUUGGUAGAGGAGUUUAUGUUGUUGGCAAAUAUGCAGGUGGCAACUCGCAUUGCCAAAUACUUCCCAGCGAAUGCACUGUUGCGUCGUCACCCCAAUCCAAAUCCCAGAAAACUCGAGCAGUUCAUCCAGUUCUGUAAUCAACACGGUUGGGAGGUGGAUCCAUCCGACGUCAGCAGCUUUGGAAGCUCCGUUAAAGCACUGCGUGAACAACUCAAAGACAGCCCCAAUGUAUUCGCUGCAAUCCAGAUCAUGUCGAUUCGCUCGAUGCGUUUGGCCGAGUAUUUCUGUACCGGCUCCGAAGAGGAGGAUCUCUGGCACCACUAUGCGCUCAACGUCGACCACUACACUCACUUUACAUCGCCCAUUCGUAGAUAUGCCGAUAUCAUUGUGCACAGACUUCUCGAGCUCUCCAUUCAAGUGGAGCGCGCCGAAGCUGCCAACAUUGAGAACUUCCAAGUUGCCGGUGUUCCCUCGACCGAACAGGUCGCCAUCAUCACCAAGAAUUGCAAUGAGAAGAAGUUGAAUUCACGUAAGGCACAGGAGCGCAGUGACAAAGUGUUCCUCUGCGUGUUGCUCCAGAACUCGCUUACAAUCACCGAUGCCGUCGUUCUCAAUGGUGGUCCACAGUUCCUUAGUGUUAUCGUCCCGAUGUUUGGCACUGAACAACGUAUCUACCUCGAAGAUCUCCAGACCGAUGGACAAAUCAUUUCACACAGCUACAACAAGGAGGUCGACACCAACUAUGUUGUAUGGCCUGGAAUGGAUUUGAACGACGAAAAGAUCACACAGGAAUACAAACAGCUCUCUACUGUCAAAGUAAAGAUUACAGUAGACAAAACAAAAUUCCCAAUCGACACACGUUGUACACUUAUGCAUCCACUUUAUGUUGGUAACUAA